GUGUGUGUGUGUGUGUGAGCGAGCUCAGCUCAGUAAAGCUUCAUCUCUAAUAGGAUGAGCAGCCGCUCGCGCGUGUAGCUGAAUGCUCCGCUCAUUGUUCGCUUGGCCGUUUCUCCGGGGUUUCCGCGGAUCGAUCGAUCAGUGAUCGGGAUUUCUCAUGGAUCUAUCGAUGUGAAGAAGCUUUCACACGCGGCUGAAGUUCAGAAGUGAUCGAGCGGAGCGGCAGGACUCAAUCAUGCGGUUGCAGGCCUUGUUGCUGUAUUUCACGGUGCUGCAGACGGCCGGAGCCGCUUUCCCAGAAGACAGCGAGCCAAUCAGUAUUUCACACACUAACUAUACCAAACAAUAUCCAGCGUUCGUGGGACACAAACCGGGAAGGAACAACACGCAGCGGCACAAACUGGACAUUCAGCUGAUCGUCAUCAUGAACCGGACUCUCUAUGUGGCCGCCAGGGAUCACAUUUACACGGUGGACAUCGAGACGGCCGACACAGAGGAGAUCUUCUUCAGUAAGAAGCUGACCUGGAAGUCCAGGCAGGCCGACGUGGACACCUGCAGGAUGAAGGGAAAGCACAAGGACGAGUGCCAUAAUUUCAUCAAAGUCCUGCUGCAGCAGAGCGACGACUCUCUGUUCGUCUGCGGAACCAACGCCUUCAACCCGUCCUGUGGGACCUACAAGAUGGACAGUCUGGACGCGGUGGGAGAUGAGAUCAGCGGAAUGGCGCGCUGCCCGUAUGACGCCAAACACGCCAAUGUGGCCCUAUUUGCCGACGGGAAGUUGUACUCAGCCACGGUCACAGACUUCCUGGCGAUCGAUGCGGUGAUCUACCGCAGUCUGGGCGACAGUCCGACCCUCAGGACGGUCAAACACGACUCCAAAUGGCUGAAAGAGCCGUAUUUCGUGCAGGCCAUCGAUUACGGCGAGUUCAUCUACUUCUUCUUUCGGGAAAUCGCCAUGGAGUACAACAGCAUGGGGAAGGUGGUGUUUCCGCGAGUGGCUCGCGUGUGUAAGAGCGACCGCGGCGGCUCUCAGCGAGUGCUGGAGAAGCAGUGGACGUCCUUCCUGAAGACGCGGCUCAACUGCUCCAUCCCUGGAGACUCACACUUCUACUUCAACAUCCUGCAGGCCGUCACCGACGUCAUCCACAUCAGCGGCCACGACGUGGUCAUGGCCACCUUCUCCACGCCGUACAACAGUAUCCCGGGAUCGGCCGUCUGCGCGUACGACAUGGUGGAGAUCGCGGCGGCCUUCACCGGACGCUUCAAAGAGCAGAAGUCGCCCGAUUCCACCUGGACGCCCGUCCCAGAGGAGAAGGUGCCCAGACCCAGGCCGGGCGUCUGCGCAGGAUCUUCUUCUGGAGAGAAAUUCAAAGUGUCCAACGAGUUCCCGGAUGAAACGCUGAACUUCAUCAAGCUUCACCCGCUGAUGGACGAAGCCGUUCCUUCCAUCGCCAAUCGGCCGUGGUUCAAGACGAUGGUUCGAUAUCGUCUGACACGUAUAGCCGUGGAUAACGCCGCCGGCCCUCAACGCAACCACACCGUAGUUUUCCUGGGAUCGGAGCGAGGAAUCGUGCUUAAGUUCCUGGCCAAGAUGCGGAGCGGCUUCCUGAAUGACAGCCUGUUUCUGGAGGAGCUGAGCGUCUACAACCCAGAGAAGUGUAGCAUUGACGGCGUGGAGGACAAGCGCAUCAUCAGCAUGCAGAUCGACAGCAGGAGUCACUCUCUGUUCGUGGCAUUUACCUCAUGUGUGGUCAAAGUCCCGCUGUCCCGCUGCGAACGUCAUGGGAAGUGCAAAAAGUCCUGUAUCGCCUCCAGGGACCCGUACUGUGGCUGGGUGUCAGAGGGCGCCUGUAAAGAAAUCUCAUCGGACACAAAAUGGCCGUUCGAGCAGGACGUGGAACAGGGCAACACAGAUGGACUGGGCGACUGCCAAAAUUCGUUCGUGGCUCUCAAUGAGCAUCAGCGCAGGCAGCAGGGUGUGAGCGAUAUUACCCAGAAUGCUGCACGCGGCCUCCUCACCACCGUCCCUCCUCCCUCCGCCGGGGGCCCGCUGCUCCGGGGCCGCAUGGUCAAGCCGAAGGAGGCCGUGCCGCGGGGCGAUCAGAGUGACCCGUAUGUGGCCGCUCCCUCCGAGACGCAGCAGGAGAGCGCCGGGGUGAUCCGUGAGACAUACCACAGAGAACGCGAUCAGAUGGUUCCCGUCACACUCCUGGCCAUCGCCGUCAUCCUCGCCUUCGUCAUGGGUGCCAUCUUCUCUGGCAUCGUGGUCUACUGCGUGUGUGACCACCGCCGGCGGGACUUCGAGCUCCCCGGCCGCAAAGACAAGGACUCGGUCCAGUCCAGACGGGGCUCCAUGAACAGCGUCACCAAGCUGACGGGGCUCUUCGAGACGCAAGCCAAGGACGGACGGCCGGAGGCCAUCAUGACCCCGCUCAUGCACAACGGCCGCUUGACCAACGGAAAGAUGCUUAUCAAAGCUGACCAGCACUUGGAUCUGACCGCUCUGCCAACGCCCGAGUCCACGCCCAUGCAGCCGCGGCGCAAACCCAGCCGAGGCAGCCGCGAAUGGGAGCGCAACCAGAACCUGAUCAACGCCUGCACCAAAGACUUAGCCUCCAUGGGUUCUCCAGUCAUCCCGACAGAUUUGCCUCUGCGGGCCUCUCCAGGCCACAUCCCCAGCGUGGUGGUGCUGCCUUUGCCCCAACACCAGCAUGAGUAUGUAGAACAACCGCACCGCGGAGACCUCGCAGAUGACCAGGCGUCCACGCUGGAAUACAAGUCCCCCAAGAGCCCAAGCUUGGCGGAUGGCGAGAGAGCGCCUCCAAGAGUCCCCCAGCGAGAGGCGUCUCUCGGAACCAUGGUUCCUCAGAUGGGCAAGAGGCUGGAUGUGCAUUCGUCUGUGUACGGCCGUGGCUAUCCCAUGAGCUCGGGCCUCAAGAAACAGCAUAACACCAACUCAUCCAACUCAUCCCACAUGUCCAGGAACCACAGUUUCCGUGUGGAGACGCCUCCUCCGCCCGCUCCGCAGCGCGUGGACUCCAUGCACGUCACCUCCCCGCCGCCGGUCCUCAGUCUGUCGCGUCACCCCAGCCUGAGCUCGUACGGCUCUCUCUCCAGGCAUCUCAAGCCUGACGUUCCUCCUAAACCCAAUCUGGUGUCCCUUUCCACAAAAGCUAAGUCCGGAGACUCCUGCACAUAAUCGAUCGCUGCAGGAUGAAAGACGGGGAACGUGAAAGUGCGUCUGCUUUGUACAGCUGUGUACAGGAAAUGCAACUCACUUUUCUUUUGUUUGUUUUGUAUAUACAUGUCGAGCUCAGGCUGAUGCAUCUCUGUUCCCGGGAAGGAGGAACUCCGGCUGGGAAGGUGGCCGCAUUGUUGCCAAAAGCACACCGGAGACAGCCGCAGAAGCUGCGAGAGACGCCAUGGUUAUCAAGCACUUGGAUGCACAGCGAGUUCAGCCGGGAAUAGAAGCUGGAGUUUACAAUGGAAAACUGUGAAAAGCCGCCACCUGUCUCAGCGUUACUGUUACUGAACAAAGCAAUCGAGUUCUGCCUUCGCGCAAGAGUUCAACACGUCUACUGAAAACGUCGACUAAAUAACACGUGACUGUUAAUACUAAUAGCGGGUUGUAUUUAUUUUUUAAUAAAGUGCUUUUGCAGAGAGCGUCUCUUUUAGGCUCGACUGAGACGGAAUGAUCGUUUUAGUUUGAAUUAAUCUAUUUAAAGUCAUUAAACUGGAGCCAGUACUUCUGUCCACUAACUCUUCGGAAGUUGCUAAGCAAAGUCAGAGAUAACUCCGGAAGCCUCCGUAUGGAAGGAAUAUUUCUCGAGCCGUGCCAGAGGGGCUUGUGGGUAGAGCUUACAGCCCACAGGUUGACAGGAACUCCUGAAUCUCACCUCUUCAUAGAAAGUCCAUCCGAGUGCCAUUCUCGCCGCACUUGAUAUGCUUUCAGACGUACGGUUUCUUCUCGUUCAUGUCCAAACAAGCCUGUUUUUCUCCUUCCACCUGUAAAUUUGUGCCUUACACCCCUGAGUAGUGAAGCGUUUGUUAGCUGUUAACUGUCGUAGUUCUUAUGAUGACGUUUGUUUCCCUCGUUUGAUUAUAAAAAUGAAACAAAAAAACACGUAAUUGAAGAAUGUAGGUGUUGUCGUUGUCGACUCUGGUCCCUUUGCUAACCACAAAUGGCUUUGUGCUUGAUUUCUGAUUGUGCCAAUGAAUCGUUGGAGUCGGCCCUCUCGUCGUGCUGGAAGAAUGUUUGACUUUGUUUUCCUUUGUCCUUUUUUACUUUUCACCAAGUCAAGAUGAUGUUUAACACUGUUUGUAGAUGACUUGUUGUGUAUCUGUGGAUCAGGCUGCUUCGAGGCAAUAAGAGAAAAACACACAAACGAAUCGGAUAUGAUGUUUCUCCCAAACACAUACACACACACACACACACACAAGCUUUCUAAUGUAUACGAUCAAACACAGUUUUUAGGCAGUGAAUACAGGCUGGCUCCUGUGUAGAUAUGCACUCCAAUAAUAUUAGGAAACAGAUUAAUGUUUUCAAUGUUUGUGACAGAUUCCAAUUAAUAUAAUUUUCUAGCUCUAUGGUUGUGAUGUAAUAUGAGGGAUUGUUAUUUAACUAUUUUGACACACGUUUUAUUGAACUUGACGUCCAGGAAUCUAGUUUUGGCUUAUUUGUAGAUGUUGAAUUCACCCGAUUCUCUGAAUUUAUCCGCUCGGGCCGCAGCGAACGGAGCUCGAGGUUUCCAUGCUGGUGCCUUUCUAGACUUUGGAAGUGGAGUUUGUUCUCUUGUAUGAUAUGGUUUCAUCACCGGCCCUCUCCCACAUCUGAUUCACAGCUAAAUGUAUGUUGUAAAGAAAUUCUCUUUAAUAAAUGGAAAAAAGUAAUAAAAACAUUUCAGAUUCUU